AUAAAGUACUAUCGGAGCAGGAUGGAAACUCCAAAUGUCGCCAGCUGCCGGAGCCCUUCCGCUGAUGUAAUAUGACAUGGAGAGGUUAUCUCGACACGAUGUGCGGAAUUCCAACUACUUCUGAUAGCUCCCAAACAUGUGAUAUUGCGAGAUCUUACGAGAGCCCUCCGUUUAGCUUGGCAGCUGGCUAUCCGUGCUCGCACAACUUGCACCACUCGGAUUCAAUCCGCAAAGGACCCGUGAGAGGGAGAAAGAGAGGGAGGGAGAAAGAGAGGGAUGGGAGAGGUGGUGGGAUGCAGCGGCGGCCCUAAACCCGGUCGAUGGUCUCUCCAGGGCAUGACGGCUCUCGUUACCGGCGGCACCAGAGGAAUCGGGCACGCGGUGGUGGAGGAACUGGCCGGGUUGGGGGCGACGGUGCACACGUGCUCCCGGAAAGAAGGGGAGCUGAGCGAGUGCUUGAACAAAUGGGAGGCUCAGGGGCUCCGCGUCACCGGCUCCGUCUGUGACCUCUCCGUCCCCGACCAGCGCGACGACCUCAUGCGCAAAGUCUCCUCUCUUUUCGAUGGCAAGCUCAACAUCCUGAUAAAUAAUGUUGGAACAAAUAUAAGGAAAAAGACAAUUGAAUAUACUGCAGAGGAAUACUCAUUCGUUAUGGCUACCAACCUUGAGUCUGCUUUCCAUUUGUGCCAACUUGCACAUCCCCUUCUAAAAGCAUCAGGGAGGGGAAGUAUUGUCUUCAUCUCUUCUGUUGCUGGUGUGGUUGCUGUACCUAGUGGAACCAUAUAUGCAGCGACUAAAGGGGCAAUUAAUCAAUUGACAAAGAAUUUUGCAUGUGAGUGGGCAAAAGACAAUAUUCGAACCAACUCUGUUGCACCGUGGUACAUCAGGACUUCACUCGUGGAAAAUGUGAUCAAAGAUGAGGAAUUUAUGGAAAGGUUUGUGCAUCGAACCCCUCUUGGGCGAGUGGGAGAGCCAGAGGAAGUAUCAUCUUUGGUAGCAUUUCUUUGCCUACCCGCUGCUUCUUACAUAAACGGGCAGGUCAUCAUCGCUGAUGGAGGAAUGUCUGUAAAUGGUUUUUUUUUCUAGGGACUAUCAGAUAACACCAAGUCUCCUCCGUGGAUGCUCUGGCCGUCUUCUUUAUUAUGUUUCCUUUCUCGAUAAGGUUACAACUGUGUGUGACGGACGUGCAGCAAAUUUUAACAGUAUUAAAUAGCUCCCAGCAGGUUCUUAGGCUGGUUUAAUAUGAGCCUUUCGUGUUUUCCUGUG